AUGCUAGUUUUAGCUUUUCUUACAACUACAUUGUGUGGUUUCGCCGACGUCGUCGCCGCCAGUGAAGUGGAUAUUUCAAUUUCGGAAAAUAGCAACACCGCUGCUAAUUUAAAACAUGAUGAUGGCCAUCACUUGGAUACACAAUCAGCAGCAGCAGCAACAGCCACACUUCAAGAUAUAACAGAUACCGGUGGUGGUGGUGGUAGUGGCAGUGUAAUGGGCAUUCCCGAUAGCGGUGAUCUAAAUGCAGAAUUAUUAAAUCGUUUACGUUUCAUACCAUCACAAUUGGAUUUUGGUGCAUUGUCUGUGGGAACAGUACAAUCGCAUACCGUCACUCUCGUCAAUCAAAAUCGUAACCACAGUGUUUAUCUUAGUUUGGUAACGGGCGGAACUCCGUCAUUUUAUAGUAGCUUAUUUGAAGCUAAAACUGUGCCACCGAAUGGUAAUACAACAUUUGAUGUGGUCUUUUUACCCAGGGAAAAUGGUGCUGUUCGAUCAAAUUUAUUCCUGCACACAUCGUUUGGAAAGCUCUUGCUAAUGGUGAGCGGCGAGGUGCGUGAAUGUCCGUAUCGGCUAAAACCAUUGGUUGGCAUACGGGCACCGUUAAAUGCCACCUUAAUGCCCAUGAUACACAUGUAUAAUCCACAUGAAAGAGCAUUGCAAAUAUUGGAGAUUUACAGCAGUGGUGGAAAAUUUAAAUUAGAAUUACCAAGCGGAGACUCCGAAGGACCACACGGUCUAUGGGAGAUACCACCAUAUAGUACGAAACCCAUUAUAGGUAUACGUUUUCAGGGUUAUACUGCGGGCAAACAUUCAGCCUAUAUACGUAUAAAAAUUGCCGAACCCACCUCCCAAAGUGACUGCAGCAGCAGUCAAUCCACAUCGUCCACAAUCUCCCCCGCUUUAAAAGAACAAGUCUUGGUUAUACCAGUGGAAUUUGUAAUAUUAUCCGAAUAUGGUAUAUAUGCUGUUAAUCCGGUCAUCGAUUUUGGUUAUAUUGCCUUGGACGACAAACAACAGCAACCAAUUAAACAAAAACUUUCCCUACGGCAUUCCAAACAUCAAUUGGAUAUACAAAAUUUGGAAUUUGAAUCUCUUACGCUAACCAAGGGUAUUAUGAUGGCCUCAAAAAAUGGCCAAGAUGACGACAGCAGCAGUGAAAAAAGAAAUAUUGAUAUUUCCACAAUUGCCUUCGAUCCAAAUAUUGCGAUACAGGAUGAAACAAAAACAGCAGCAGCGUCGUCUUCGGCGACGUCGGGGCAUACAUAUCACAAUGUGGAACUUAUAGUACGGGCUAAUGUGUACAAGGGUUCAUUGUAUUAUGACAGAAAAUCAACAUUAUUUUUGGAUCGUGAACUAAGUUGGAAUGGUAGUAGUUCGCAAAGAUGCGAUAAUGCCACAUCGGAUGAGGCAUUAUCUCAUUUAAAAUGUACAAAUUUGGAUGAGCCCCGACACAUAGUGCUGCGUAAUGAUUAUCAAAUUCCUUUAUUAAUUUACAAUAUAACAACUGGGUUCAAUGAAAGCUCCAAGCUAAAUUUAUACCUGCAGCAGAACCCCCUACUGCAAAAGGGAGAAAGUGAAAGUGAUGCAGUGGUGGUAUUGCAACCCGCAGCUACCAUGGAAUUAACUGUGGCCUUUAGAUUGGCCACAACAAUACAACAAAACCCCGUAGAACAACCAGAGGAAGAUCUCAAAGAUCUACUGAGAAAUUAUAAGACUGCCAUUUAUGUUUAUACGAAUAUAUCGAAUCCAAUCCAAAUACCCAUUGUUGUAAGCUCUACAAGUUUGUUUGUAACCACACAGACGUCGUCAUUAUGGCGCUCAAAAAAUUCCGUUUAUACCAAAGAAAUACAAAUAAUUUCCUCCGCACCCCUUCGUGAUAUUUCUCACAAAGGUUAUAUCGUUUUGCAAAAUCGUAAUUCAAUACCCAUUAAUCUGAAUAAUUGGGAUUUUCAAAAGACAUCGGGUAUUUAUUAUGCGGUUAAAUUUGCCGGGUCUAUUCGAGCCAUGGAUAUAAAUGAAAGCAAUGAUUAUGCAAUAGACUUGGAGAAACAUAGUUAUCGUUUGGAUUCCGUAUUGGAGGAAGGUGAUGUGGCAGUGUUUGAGGUGGCUUUGAUGCCAUAUUCCAUAUCGGGUACAGCCUAUUUGAGUAUAGCCACAUCGCAUGAGAAUAUUACGGUGACGUUAAAUUUUGAUGUGGUCUUUGGUAAACUGGAGGUGGAUCAAGAGAAAUUACAUUUUGCCAAUUGUUUUCCGGGUAAAAUCUGUUCCUCCGAACUGAGUAUACGAUCCAGCUUCGAUCAGGCCAUACAUAUGAAACAUAUUAACUUCAGUGAUCCGGGUCUACGAUUUGUGGAUAGAAGUUCAAAGGGUUCGAUAAUUUCACCCAAUUCUGUUACAACUGUGGGUCGCAUCUAUUUUGAACCUUCAGCAUUGUGUGGCAAUCGGUGCUACAUACCCCAGCAUACAGAUGAGUCCACUACCUUUCCCCACAGUCCCCAGGUUGAUAAAAUCCUCAAUAUGCCACAUUUCGAUGAAGUUGAACUGCGAAGACGCACAGAAUUAUAUCGUCAUUUUAAGUCGUAUUUUCAAAAUUUAGAUUUUAUCAUGACCACUAAGCAGGAGGAGAAUUUCCAUCUAAAUCUUAUGAUUGAAAUACAAUGGCCCCAGUUGAUACCGACGCGACAAGUUAUACCCACAGUGGAGGUGAAUAAAACCCAGGUAUUUGAAGUGAAAAUUUCAAAUCCUUCAGAUAGACCGAUACUGAUUGAUUAUUCAUUGGCCGAUCCAAAAUUGGCACAUCAAACUCAAUUCACCCUGCCACUGGAGGUGAUCAUAAUAACGCCGACUUGUUAUUUAACCGAUAAGGCAGUGUUUUCAUUGGUCAAUCCAGCGCCCAGUAAACCGAUUUUGAUACCCGGUCUCACCUCCAUACGAGUGCCGAUAACAUUUAAAGCCUCCUCGAUGGGUAGCUAUUGUACCCUGUUGCAUAUACGCAAUAAUUUAACGCUCUACGAAGGUACAUGGAUCAGUGCCAAGGCUGUGCAAUCACAUUUUCGUUUGGGGAAUCGUAAACCGGGAUCACCCACACCAUUGCUGUUUGAGAUCACUGAGCAGCAGUUAACGGCGGCAUGUCCAAGUAAAGAGGAUAAACCUUCGGCCGGGAUGACACAUCCUCAGAUUAUUUCAAGACGCGUUUUUACCGCUCGCAAUUCUGGCGAACUACCAAUAUGGAUUGAUAGCAUUUGGAUUGGUGAUCAACCCUGUCGUGGCUAUGGCUUUCAAAUAAUGGACUGUAAAAGUUUUGAACUCAAGGCGAAUUCAACGAAAACAAUUGAAAUUCAAUUUCAAACAGAUUUCACGGCGACCCGCAUUACAAAACCCCUUACACUGAGGACAAAUCUCACCUAUGCCGUAAAUUAUGUGUUAGUCGCCCAACUGCCUUCCAAAGGCAUGGAGCAGUGUACAGCCUUAUUGCCGCGACCACCAUGGGAAGAGAAAAUACGCAAUGCCACCAUAAUUAUGUUAAUAAUAACUUUCGUUCUGGUCCUCAUUGCCGUUCACAUAGACUAUGGCAAUAUAAUGUAUACCCAGGCCGCGUUAUAUGGAGCCCGGGAAAAGGGGACAAUACAUCCAACAUUUAAUUUAAGAAACAUAGCCAUGCGACAGAAUAAUAAUGAAAGUUCCCAGACCGGCGAUGUGGAGAUGACAUUGAAAAAUAAAAGUGGCUUGAAGAAGAGGAAUAACGUGGGUGGCGUUAAGAAUCAAAGAAUAGCAAAUGGUGAGGCCGUUGUGUCAUCAUCAUCGUCCUCCUCCUCGGCGUCAAGUUCUUUUUCUGCCUUACCCAAAAUGACGCUGGCGGAAAUGGUUAGCUGGACUUUUGGAAGCAAAACCUCUAGAAAAGCAAAUAAAUUGAAUAAGAACAAGGAAGCUACUGUGGCCACUUCGACGCCCUCAGCGUCCUCCAGCGUGACCACAACAACGAAUUCCUCUUCAGCUACAAAUGAUGUGAAAAAUUGUAAAAAUAAAUUAACCGAAAAAUCAUUGGUGGAAAAAAUGGAUGAGGAUUUGAAAAAGGCACAGCCGACAGUCUCCGCCAAGAAACCCACAAAGGUAACAGAAAAAAUUGUUAGCAAGCCCCGCGACGAAGAAGUCAAACAGUCCAAAGAAGAUGUACCCCCCACGAACAAGGAGGUGAAAAAAGAAAGUAAAGCCUUAACAAAAAAUACCACAAAUAAAAACACAUCUAGUCCCGAACCUAUGCCUUCAAAAGAACAAAGAAGAUCUUUGGAUUCUACCAGUUCCAAUACAACACACAGUGAUCCAACGACAAUACGUCAAGUUAAAACACCUCCCCCCGUUAGUAUACCAUCCUCAGGGCCUACAGUGAAUACGAACAAAGUGAGCCCCACAACCACCACCAGCCAUGUAAUGCCAAUGACCGAAAUAACCAAUCAUCAAACACCAAUUCCCAAGGAAACCACAAAUGGUCGCAAGCUGGGCAAGACACCAGGACGUGAACGGCGAAAGCAAACCACACAAAAUACCUCACCCACAACAUCGUCUUGUUCGUCGGCCUCAACGUCGUCUACAUCCUCCAGUUCCAUACCUCAACACCAACAGCCGCAGCAGCAACACAAUACAGUUAAACGUUUCGAACGUAAACCCAAAAGCAGGGUCUCGAAUUCUCUUAAAUUUCCCACACAAAACUUUAGUCAUGCGAAUUCUGUCUACUCACAAAUGGCAGCAGCGGCCAACGAUCACAAUGAUCAAACAUUUCAUCAGGAUGUGUUAUCGCCUUGGGACUAUAGCAGCCACAUAACAUUUAGCGAUGUUCUGCAACAGACCCAACAAUUUGCCAAUGCCCAAUCCAAUGCUAAUGCCAACUCGACAGGAACCACAUUGCUCAAUAGUGAUUUAAAGAUGUUCGAUAACCCCACUUCAACUGCAUCCCCCACACCGUCAACAGCAUCAUCCGGGCCAAUUAAUUUGCCAUUUGCCGCCUCCCCACUUGAGUUUAACGAUGGACCUUCUAAGACGGAUUUGGGCCCUAUUGGUUCCAGGAAAUCACCCUCCUCAACUCCCGCCUGGGAGACAUUGAACAGUGCCAUAACUUUACAAUUACCGCGGCCAUUGAAUACAACCCUGACAACUACUUCACAACCACCACCACCACCCAGCCUACCCUAUGAUUUGCACAGUUGCCCCAAUUAUGGUUUGAAUGAUUUGUUGACAGCUCGCCAAACGAUACAACAAAUUGCUGCAGCCAAUGCUGCCGCACAUGAAAUCAUGAGACUACAACAAUUGGAACAGCAAUUCCUAUUGCAACAACAACAACAGCAGCUGCAGCAACAACAACACUAUUUGAAUUUCAAUCAAUCGGCAUUGAACAACAACUGGUCGUCGGCCAACACCGCAACAUCGUCUUCAGGUUGGACCCCGUUUUUGGGUAAUGGUGUUGCAGAUUUAUCACCAACCCUACCCAGCCAUUCGAAUGCUGAUAUUUUUGGCGGCGCCGUUACAUCCACCUCUACAUGGAGUACAACACCAUCAUCCAGCAGCAUUGAACAACAUUUUGUCAAUAGUCAACAAUUUCCCAUGAAUACCGAUGUUCCGAUUACCAACACACACAAUGGCGGCGUGUCAACUUCGAUUUCGGCCCCAACAUCCACUUCAACAGCAACAACAAUUUUUGAUAAUACCGUCAACAACAGUAAUGGAAUUGGCUUAAAUGUCAAUAAUUCCGAUACAAUGCCAAUGUUCAAUUUAUUCGGUGGUUUAAGUUCUAUCUGGAAUGAUAAUUGGAAACAACAACAACAACAAGAACAGAAGCCAAAACCUUCUGAAUAA